GAGGAGCCGAACGAGCGCUUUGGUUUGGUUUUCCGCCGUGUCGAUCUCGACUUCGAACGUCGCCGCUCGGCAAUGCCGACCGGGUGCUCCGUUCUCCUGUGUCCUAACCGGACUGCACAAAGCCCUCUUGUCCGUGCUAAAAAGCUCCAGUUCCAUCGUUUACCACGCGAAGAACGUCUCAGAAGUGAGUGGUGUGGAAGGAUUGGUAGAAGGGACCCUGGACAGGCAGACGUGCGCGUGUGCUCCGAACACUUCGACAGCGACCACGACUACCGUCGCCUGCCAAGUGUUCUUCGCGAUGCCGGGCAGACGAUGAAGAACGUCUACCUGAAGCCAGAUGCUAUUCCUUCGCUCCGACUGCCCCCCACUGCGAAGCGCCUCUCCCCUGCCAAGGACCCAGCCGUGCCAACGUCGAAGCGCCGAAGAACUGAGAACGAUGAGCCGGUGGAGGUGGAUUGCUUCGAGAGGACCACACCUCGCGAGCACAGCUGUCAUUGUCGUCACCGACCGGCGACACGCGACACAGCGGUCCAGGCCGACCUGCAUGAAAAUCCGGGACCCGCACAGACUCCGAGGCCGCCUGGCACGAAGGACAGUUCUGUGGGCACAGACCGAUGGCUGGGAAAGCGAUCUACCGGCACGCAGUGGAAUGCCUACGCCAAAGGUAUCACCGCCCACUGGGUACAGACCGAGGACUUGGAGACACCCGACAGUAGCAGCACCACUGCCGGCAGCAACAGCACAACCACUGCCGCAGCCUUCGCCUCCACCACCACUACCUCUGCAGUGCCACCGCGAAGACCGGGCCCAGCAUGUGCAAUGAGCCCUGUCCUCAGUGAUUCGGACGAGGAGGAGGAGGAAGAAGAGGACGACGACGACGGCGACGACUGCGACGAUGACCCUCUGUGGGAGCCACCCACCAAAGGAGGCUUUGUCGAGAGUGCCACCACUGUGUCCGGAGAGCCAGACUACAAAGAACGAAAGUUCCUCGUGUUUGAGAGCAGCCUGCGGCAGUUGUUUGCGGUCUGCCAGACGUGCUACAGCCCCUGCAGUGUGUCACUGAGCACGAUUGGCACGCUCCUGACGGUGCACACCUCUUGCCCCGCUGGGCAUAAGAACCGUUGGGACAGUCAGCCCUACAUCAACGGCAGGCCUCUGGGGAACCUCCUCAUCACCAGCUUCGUCCUGUUCACGGGGGCCUCCCCAACCAUCACGCUGCGCCUGCUCCGCCUAAUGAACAUCGUGGUGAUCUCAAUGAAGACAUACACAAACUACCAGCGGGCAAUUUUGAUCCCAGCUGUUGAACAGGUGUGGGAGGAGGAGCAGGAGAAGCUGUUGGGAGAGCUCCGUGACCAACCCCUUGACCUUGCUGGUGACGGGAGGUGCGACUCCCCGGGCUACAGCGCAAAAUAUCUGACGUACUCUCUUCAUGCACCCCACGUGAACAAGAUCGUUCACUUAGAACAGGUUCAGGCAGGAGAGUGUGAGGCGGUUCCCAACAGUGGAAGUAUGGAGAAGGAAGGCCUGAUCAGGUCCCUGGCCUUUGCAAGGGAGAAGGAGCUGACAGUGCGGUCCCUGGCCACGGACAGGCACCGCUCAAUCGCCAAGCACAUGAGGGAGAAAGAGUCGGCUGUCCUCCACUUCUUCGACAUCUGGCAUGUGUCAAAGAGUAAAUGGCAUUUCUCAUGGUCCUAUUACCGUACAUAA